CACCCGCGGCACCCCAGUGGCACUUGCGGUGACCUUAGUGAUUCCCGUGACCCUUCCUUAAUCCCAGUGACCCUUCCUUGACUCAAGUGACCCUCUCUUGACCACACGGACAUUUGUCUGUCCUCACGAAAACCCAUCCAACCCCACGGACUCUGCACUGACUCGGGCCUCCGAUUAAUGCCCCGGGUCUUCCUCUAAUUAUUUAGUCCUUCAUUUGAGCACACAUACCACCACUUGACCCAUUCAAUCUCCACCUGAUCCCACGGGCCUCCGCUUGAUCUCCAGACAUCCAUGUAACAUCACUGGCCUCUGCCUCAUCUCCCUUAUCGCUACAAUGGCGCUGCGUGGACCAACAUUGACUGAACCAAAGCACUCGGUGAUAUUACCAAGCAUUGCCUGAUUUGACUGGUGGUGGCAACCUUCGUCGGUGUACCAAAACUUGUGCCACCACCCGCGGCGUGAUGUUGCCUUGAGCGGCCUUGUGCAGUUGAUCAGGUCGUAGAAAGAUGGACACGCUGUAUAUCGACGCGGUGCGACGUCGACCGACCGCCAUUUUUCGACAGCCGACUCCGGGCAGUGCCGAGGACCUGGCCGCUGUGAUGGAGGCUGCCGGCGUCACUCCACCCGGCAGGCACCAGAGGAAUCACAGCGCCACCAGCCUCGGCAUCAGUAGCAACCACAGUGUGUCGCUGCACAGUAUCAGCAGCGAGGGAUCAGCCGACUCCCACCUGGUCGAACAGGAGGACAUCGUGGCACUCACCCACGAUGUGCGCGCCUUCAAAGAGGCUCUCGGGAAGCUGCGACGCAUCUUCCACCCAGAUAAAGAUAAGCAGGAAACGCUGCGCGUGGCGGCCCACGAGCGGCUCGGCGAGGUGCUACGAAUCCUGCGCACGGUGCUUGAGCGGUACGCACCUCUGCAGAGCACCGAGCUCUUCAUGGCUGCCGGCGCUCUCAUCCAGCAGGUCAAACAGCACGGGUACGAAGAUGAGCGCGCGGACCCCACGGAAUUCUUCGAGUCCAUCGACCAGCUAGCCCUGGCCUUCAGUAGCCGGGUGUCCGAGUAUCUGAUGGGCGACCUGGACUCGUCGUCCACCGUCCUCACUUCAUCCUCCUCCAAAGCGAAGUCGUGCGAGAACCUCGCUUCGGACACGGAGUCGGCCACGGUCGAGUCGCGAGACGAAACCGGCGCAUCCAGCCAGCUGACGCCGCAACAGCUGGACGCCACGCUGCACCGGCUGGACCAGGGCGUCGAGGUGGCCCUGCAUCGCGCCAAGGUCUGGUCCAAAUACGCCAAGGAUGUGCUCACCUACGUGGAGAAGCGGACCGGGCUGGAGAUGGAAUACGCCAAGAACGCCGCCAAACUGGCACAGACCAUGCGGUGUGCGCUGAAGGAGGAUAGCUUUCUACCAUUCCAAUCUAUCUACUGCACGGCUCUGGACCAGGACCUGGAGAACUCUGCCAACAUCCAGAACACCUGUUCCCUGCUGCAGGGGCACAAGUUCAUCGAGCCGCUGGGCGCGCGCAGAAAUGAACACGAACGCAGCAGGAAGCAGAUCAAGGAGCUCUGGCACCGCGAGCUGAAACGGAUGCAUGAAACGGUGGCCAACCUGCGCAAAGCCAAGAUGAUCUACAUACAGCGCCAGCAGGAGUACGAGCGGGCCAAGGAGGUGGCUCUGCGUGCCGAGGCGGGGGAACAGACCGAGGCUAGCCGCACCGAGAAGAAGCGCAGACUGGAGGAGGACGCGCUCGAAAAGGCGCAACAGGCCGAAGUCUACUACCGCGAGUGUGUGCGCGAGGCCAACGAGCGUCACGCCGCCCUACAGAAGGUCAAGGGCGAGGUGCUGACCCAGGUGCGCGAGCUGACGCUGCAGUGUGACCAGACCAUGAAGGCGGUGACGGCCAGCUACUUCCAGUUGCAGCACACAGCCACGGCGCCCAUGCCUGUCCAGUUUCAGACGCUGUGCGAGUCCAGUCGGCUGUACGAGCCCGGCUCGCAGUACACCGAGUUCGUGAAGCGGCUGCUGCCGGCGGCCCGCAGUCAGAGGGAUGUCUCUGCCCCGGGCUCGGCCGCCCCGCCGCCUGCCGCUGCCAUCGGCUCAGGACCGUUCAUGUUCGAGCCCUAUGGACCUGAGGAGCCGGCGCCGGCCAGGGACAGGAAGAGCAACGGUCAGCUGGUGACCGACGAGGCUGCUCGCGUCUCGGACUCGGGCGGUGGUAACGCGAGGCCCACCAAGCCGUGGCCUCCGUCGGUUCAGCCCGCCUCUGACACGGACAGUGUGGGCAGCAGCACCAAGUCUGUGGAUACCUCCCCGACGGCCAGUCCUAUGGCCGCCGAGCGACGGUUGGCGGCGGCCAGCAGCGGCGACGAGCUGGAGACCGAACAGGAGACCGACGGCUAUGUGACGCGGCGGGCCAUGAGCAAGGCGGCGGUGACGCACCAUUUCCGGAAGCUCAUCACACCUUCACGGUGCCGCGAGUGCGACUCCUACGUCUACUUCCAGGGCCUCGAGUGCACGGAGUGCGGCCUCACCAGCCACAAGAAGUGCGUGGAGACGCUGGCCAUCCAGUGCGGUCACAAGCGGCUGCCGCGGAAGAUGACCACGUUCGGGGUGGACCUGUCGCAGCACCUCGCCGAGACGUGCGCGCCGAUUCCGCACUUAGUCUGCAAGUGUGUCGCCGAGAUCGACCAUCGCGGCUGUGGUAUCAAGGGCAUUUACCGCGUGUCGGGCGUCAAGUCACGCGUGGAGAAGCUGUGCCAGGCGUUUGAGAACGGCGCCCACCUGGUGGACCUGACGGACGUACACCCGAACGUGAUCGCGAACGUGCUGAAGUUGUACCUGCGCCAGCUGCCCGAACCGCUUCUCUGCUUCAGACUCUACUCAGACUUCAUCAGGAUCGCCAAGGACCACCCGACCAACGACUGUGACGUGCCGUCUGCGGUGCGGGAGCUCCAGGCGGUGGUGAAGCGACUGCCACGGCCGCACCACACCACGCUCGCCUUCUUGAUGCACCACCUGCAGCGCGUCAGCCGGGGCGCCAACACCAACAACAUGCCGCCCUCCAACCUGGGCAUCGUGUUCGGUCCGACGCUGCUGCGGACGGCGGAGGGCAGCGCCUCACUCAGCUCGCUGGUAGACACGGUACACCAGACGCGUGUCAUCGAGCUGCUGGUCAGCCACGUGCAGGAGAUCUUCGGUCCGGAGGAGCUAGUGACUCCGGCCGACUACCCCCACAUGUACCGGGCCGUGGUUCGACGGGCCACCAGUCGGAUUCAGGAGCGACGCAGCCGGGAGGAGACUACGCCCGCCGCCGACGAGCUGCAGCCGCCGGCCGGCGACUCGAGCCCGAACGGUGAGCAGGCGGCAGGCGCCGGCGGCCGGCCACGCAGCCUCAUCUACCGGGGAUCACUCCGCGACUACAUGGGUCUCGAAUGUGCCAGCGUGUCGUCCAUCUCGUCCAGCCUGGAGAAGAGCGGUGGCGAGGAGCGUCUGACGUCGCAGGAGUCGGACGACGCCGAGCCACCCGCUGCCGUUGCCGCCGCCGCUGCCGUCACCGUAACACAGCAGGACAAACCGGCCAUCGUGAAGAUGUGCCUCAAGAGCUACAUCGGCCUGGAGUCAUUUCAGAGUCAGAGCUCGCCCAGCCUGCUGGCUCCUCCGGACGCUGGCGUCGCCCACCCCAAGCUGCGCAAGUCCAUCUCGGACAACAGCGGCAGCGGCGCCGUGUCGCCUGUCGACGGUGGCGUCUACAUGGGCGGCGAGGUGGGCGCUGCCGGUGGCGGGGGCGGGGGCGGCACGCCGCCCCCAUCCACCUCCACGCGGCGCCGCCCUCCUUCGGCCGCCCAGUCCCUCCCGGAGCCGGCGGCCAGCCCCGCAGCAUCAACUAGCAACCGGCGACCGCACCGCCCACUCGGCCGCGUCGCGGGCGAGCUGGUCCGGGGAGAACGCGUCAGCAGCAUGGACGUGCCGCCCGACGAGCCCGCCGCCCCGGCGGCGUGCCCGGCGCCGGCGCCGCUGUCCAAACUCUCCGGCGAGUAUGUGUCGCCGUACGCGGUCGGCGGCAGUGCGCGCGUCAAGUACCCUCACUAUGGAGGCCGCACCAGCCGCUCUGCCAGCCAGAGCUCCGUGGCGCCGUCGCAGGCCGACCGGCCGGAGCCCGCGCACACGGCGCCACCGGCGGCCGCCGCGAGGGGUGCCGUCUCCAAGUCUGACGGGCAGGUGGCGCCGGCGGCUGUGCUGGUCACCCUGCCGGCGCCGCAGCGGGCGGUGGUGGUGCCGGCGGCGCAGACCGCCCCUGAGCAGGGACCGACGGCAGCUGAGGCCGCCACAGAGCCGACGCCGGCACCUCCGGCUGCCCCCGGCGGACCGACCGAGACGGUCUCGGAGCGAUUAACGAGCCAAACGGCGACAGUGUCGGCGGCAAGGCAGGUGCCGGCGACAGCCGUCAGACCGCCAGGCGCACCAACAUCUCAUUCGGAUGAAGCGGGUUCCUCGGAGCGGUUCGAGAGGUUUGUGUAGCGCGCGCGGCUCGUCGGCUAACAGACUAACCGGCGCGUCACUUUUGUACUGCGUGUCGCAUGUUUAUCUCUCUAGUCACGUGACUUGCGGCGGCCGUGCGGGCGCUGGACGACGGUUCGAGCCCGCUCGCUGCGCUGCAGGGGCUCGGCGCACUGCGAAGCGCCCCAUCUCGGCAUAUGUAGCUCGCUUGGUGCGGGUCGUGAAGCGUAGGUGUGUACAAAGGCUUUUAUGGAGCUGGAACGGCGUUUCAGCGGUGUGUUUUGUAUCUCUCUGCGAUGUGCUGGAGCUCAAGCUAAAUUUCACACGCUGUCUGUGCCGGCGGCGCGGCCUGUUGUGAUACUGCUGACGCGCUGCUUUGUUUUGAAUGUGGACACACGGCGGUAUCCAUGGCAACAGAGAGACGCGCCGCCAUUCGGCGUCGCACGCAUCGACAUGUUCGACAAUCGGUGUUAUCGUAAAGUUAAUCAUUGUUCGAAUUUGAAUAAAAUGUUCCAGUUUUAUGACA